AUGUCAACAUAUUCAUCACCCUAUAAGGCAUCAAAUCUACCUAUAUAUAUUGAUGAUUCUUUAUCCCCAGUAAAAUUACCCACGACAAAUAAAAAAAAUCCACAAGUUAAUCAUAAUUAUACGCCCGUAAAAGAAAUAACAAAUUUAAAUCAUAAUGAUCAAUUAAAUUUUCAAUCUUUAAGACCACCACAUACUGAAAAUAUAACCAAAACGAAUUAUUUAAAUAUAAAUUCAGCAACUAAAAAAUCAAUAAAACGUAAUAGAUCAUCAAUUUCAGAUACAACUAUAAAUAAACCAUCAAGAUAUUCAUUAACUUCUCCAUUACGUAAAAAAAGAUUAACUUCAAAUUUAAGUAGUAUUAAAAAAUCAGUUUUAGAAUUAGAUUUAACUAUAAAUAAAUUAAAUAAUGAUAGAGAUAAAAGAUUACAAAAUUUUGAUAGAUCAAGUUUUAGUGAAAUUGAAAAUGAUUUAAGUAGUCCAAUAAAAAGAAAUAGACCUGAAAAUAAAGAAAAUAAUCAUGAAAAUGAUAAUGGUCAAGACGAACUGCAAGAAGAAGAGCAAGAGGAAGAUGUUAUAGUCAUAAGUGGUAGAAGACUAAGUGGAGGAUCAGAUUUUAUUGAACACCAAGAUGAUGAUGUACAAGAAAUUGCACACCAAGAAGAAGAAGUUGAAAUUGGGAGAAGAGUAGAUACAGCAAAUUCAAGUACAAGUUGGAGAAAACAAAGUCCAAUAAAUCCACAACUAAGUAGUGAUUUCGAAAUUGAUAAUGAAUUUAUAAAAGAUCCAAGUCAAACUUUGACUCAUUCACAAUUUACAAAAUUAAUAAAUGAACUGAGACAAGAAAGACAAAACGCUACUCCAACUAAUAAAAUAACUGAACCUGAACCAAUAAAUCUUAAAUUAAAUCAUACCAAGAUAAAAUCACCAGAACCAACUAAUACAGAAUCAAAUUAUGAAUUAAGUCCACUUAGACAUGACAUUGAUAUUAUAAAUGAUUUUGAAAGUAAUGAAGAAGAAGAAAAAGAACAAGAAUUAAAUGAAUAUGAGGAUGAACCAACUGAAAACUUUUUAAGUCCUACCAAUUCAAAACCAAUUUUUUCAAUGAAUCAUAUAGAUAAAUUAGAAAAAGAGCAUGAACAAAAAUUAAAUCAAUUAUAUUUAGAAUUAAAUGAAAAAAAUCAAGAAAUUCAAAAUUUACAAGAACAAGUUAAUAAACAAAAUGAUGAAGAGAAAAGAUUAGUUCAUAGUAAUGAACUAAUUAAUAUAACUAUAAAUACAAUGGAAAAAGAAAUUGCUUCAUUAAAUAAACAAAAUAAAAUAUUGGAAAGUUCAAAUUUUAGUUUUAAAAGAAAAUUAAAUGACUAUAAAAUUUCAAUAAUUGAGUUAGAAACUGAGGCAAGGAGUUAUGAUGACGUGAAAAAUAAGUAUGAAGAAUUCAAGAGUUUAUAUCAAGAUGCCAAAGAGGAAAACGAUGAAUUAAAGAAUCAGCUCAGAUUACUUGAGUUAGCCAAAGCUGAACUAGCUACAAAAAACCAAAAUUUGAAUGGCCAAAUAAAUAACAUACAAAAGGAAAAUAAAGAAACAGUAGAAAAAUAUGAAAAAAAAUGUUCAAAUUGGGAAAUGAGAUUUAGAAAAUCAGAUAUUGCAAAUGGUGAUCUUCAAUCAUUUCUUGAUGACGCUUUAGAAGAAAAUAAAAAAUUCAAAGAACAAAGUAAAGAACAUGAAAAAUUAAUAGCAGAAUUAGACAAAUUAAUUCAAGCUUCCAAUCAAGAAAAUGAAACUCAAGUUAAAGAAUUAGAAGCAAAAUAUGAAAUUCAAGUUACUGAUUUAAAAUCAUCAUUAAGCGAAAUUGAAAAGGAAAAUCUUAAUUUGAAAUUAAAUUUAAAUGCAAGUAAACAAGAAAUAUCACAAAUCAAUAAAUCGAAUGAAGGUGAAAUAAAAAAAUUGAAAGAAGAAAAUAAAAGUGCAUUUAAAGAGUUAGAACAGUUACAAAUAUCAUAUAAAGAAGAUAUUUUAGAAAAGAAACAAGAAUUAAUUACAAUAUCAUUAUCCUAUGAAAAAUUAGAAAAAGAACUCAAAUCAAAAACUAACGAAAUUAACAGCUCAAAUACUCAAAUACAAUCUCAAGAUCAAAAAAUCUCAAAUUUAAACUCACAAAUCCAAGAAUUAACUACACAAUCACAACAAGAUCAAUCGACAAUUUCAGAAUCAACCCAACAACUACAAACAUAUGAAACAAAAUUUACAGAAUUAAUAACAGCAAUAGAAAAACAAACUUUAGAAAAACAACAAUUAGAAAAACAAGUCUCUAAUUUAACUAAUAAAAUUCAAGAAGUAACAGAAGAAAAAACAAUAGAAAUUGAUAAUCUUGUUAAAUAUUUACAUCAAGAAUAUAGUUCAAAACAUUCAAAUAAAAUGAAUGAAAUAAAAUUACAUUAUGAACAAGAAUUAAAUAAAAAAAAUCAAGAAUUAAAAUCCCUAAAUAGAGAUUAUGAAUUUUUAUCCAAGAAUCUUGAAAAUGUCAAAUUUGAAUAUAAUCAAUUACUUCAGUCAAAAAGUGAAUAA